CUAAAAGCCUCUUAAGUUAAGAAAUAGUAUGUGGUAUAACUACGACAGACCGAAUCACCUGGUGUGGCUGUCAUCUAGCAUAAGCAUUGACCGUAUUAUCUGCAUUUCAUAAUCAACCACAGUGUUCUUCAGUUGGAUAAUCAACUGUCACCUGCCUUCUGUUUUCAACUGUGACCAUCGUCGUCAUAUCUUGCCUAACCUCUAUCAUUUUUUAAUUUCAUCGUCUUCUAUGAUUGAAAUUUUCUCAAUGCUUAGUUUCUUAUUAAAUCUAUGAUUGGAAUUUUUCUCGAUGAUUAAUUACUUAUUUAAUCUCAAACACAUGGUUAUGCAAUCCUUCACGCAAACUGCGUCCUCGACCAAUCCAGUUUCACGACGAAGUCGUCGACCCGAACCUGGUCAAUUAUUCUUCUUCAGAUUCAGAAAUCACCAUGUAUUAGCAACUCUCUUAACUCGUCUAAAAUUGCACCAAUUCAUUCUAUCAUUGUUGCCGCCAUGUCGUCGUCUUCCUCAUUGUACAAGCAGCUCGGCCUCGGAGCCGGCUCUCCCGUCUCCGCCUCUCACCUGCUUCUGCUCGUCCUCGGCGCCGGCUUCCUCGCGCUCACCGUCUUCGUCGUCCACCCCAACGAGUUCCGCAUCCAGUCUUUCUUCUCCGGCGGCUGCGGCCGUCCUGGCACGGACGCCGCCACCGCCGCCGUUGCUGCCUCGCCGGUCAAGAAUGUCAGCGGCGGCGCAAGUGAUGCUGCUGCCGCGACCACGGCGGCGCGGUCGCCGGACAACGACGUGAGGGUGCUCAUCGGCAUCCAGACGCUGCCGAGCAAGUACGAGCGGCGCAACCUGCUGCGGACCAUCUACUCGCUCCAGGCCAGGGAGCAGCCGUCCCUCGCCGGCAGCGUCGACGUCCGGUUCGUCUUCUGCAACGUGACGUCCCCCGUCGACGCGGUGCUGGUGUCGCUGGAGGCCAUCCGCCACGGCGACAUCAUCGUCCUCGACUGCGCCGAGAACAUGGACAACGGCAAGACGUACACCUUCUUCUCCACCGUGGCGCGCGCCUUCAACUCCAGCGACGGCGAGGGCUCGGGCUCGGGCUCGCCGCCGCCGCCGCGGUACGACUACGUGAUGAAGGCCGACGACGACACGUACCUCCGGCUGGCGGCGCUGGUGGAGUCCCUGCGCGGCGCGGCGCGGCGCGACGCGUACUACGGACUCCAGAUGCCGUGCGACCGCGAGAACUUCUACCCGUUCCCGCCGUUCAUGUCCGGGAUGGGGUACGCGCUGUCGUGGGACCUCGUCCAGUGGGUGGCGACGGCGGAGGAGAGCCGGCGCGACCACGUCGGGCCGGAGGACAUGUGGACGGGGCGGUGGCUCAACCUCGCCAGCAAGGCCAAGAACCGGUACGACAUGUCGCCGCGGAUGUACAACUACCGGGGCGCCUCGCCGCCGAGCUGCUUCCGCCGCGACUUCGCCCCGGACACCAUCGCCGUCCACAUGCUCAAGGACGCCGCCCGCUGGGCCGAGACGCUCCGCUACUUCAACGCCACCGCCGCGCUCCGGCCAUCCCACCUCUGAACCGUGUUCUUCUUCUUCGCGCCUUCUCUCUCUCGAUCGUUUUCGUGACGGAUUCCCGUUGAAUUUGGCGGUUGUUGGUUGGUGGCGGGUAGUUGUUGCGCGAAAGCACGGUGGAUUGCCCCUGUGUUCCUAGCUGAUUUGUUCCAAAUUUCUCGAGUUUAAAAUAGAUAUGAAAUGGAUAUUUGUUCGUUAGUGCUUACGUGUUCUUUGAUAAACCAAGUAUGAUUAUUACGCUGACGUUUGCAGCGAGAGAAAAAAUAACAGGUGUGUGACAUCUUCAGAGGAAAA